ACUGAACUACAGUACCCAGUUGGCUCCUCGUCGGCGUAUUAUACAUGAUAAAAUGUAAUUGGAUUUUCAUUAUUUUAUCCUCCUAUACGAUUUGAGAAUACUAUCCCGUCCUAGAAGUGACCUUCCGUCGAGAGAAGUUGUCAGAGAAUUGCACUGAGGCAAGUUCGUAAUUGCCCGAGGGAAAACCCAUACAUCCCUCUAUACCCGUUUUGACAGCUUUUUACUGUCUACAAAGUACAGGUUGCAGUCGCGACGAUGGGUGCCGGUGAGAGUUCGACCAGGAAAGUGUCUUUCGGACUCGACGAGGACGACAGAGUCAAGGUUUUGCACGGAGUGAAGCUCUCUGAGGAUGUUUUGCACAGGAUGCGGGACUCCAUACACAGCCCAGUCCCUCAGCCCACGCCUUCAGUAGGCCCCAGAGAAGACCCAGCCCCGCGGCCUGGCCCCAAUGCAGCGGACAUGCAGGAGGAGCUGCGUCAGAGGUACGCGCGGGUGCAGGAGAUGGUGCAGGAGGAGCUGACGAGGAUCAGGCGGCAGGAGAGGGAGGCGGGGCAGGAGGAGCUGAACACCGCCAUGCUGAGGGAGAGGGCGCAGGGCCGGGACGAGGCCGAGAGGGCCCAACAGCUGCCGGCUGAACUGGACGCCUGGGAAAAGCAGCUGGAUAGAAAAGAGGCUGAGCUGAAACAUCUAGCUGCCUUUUAUAAAGAGCAGCUGACACUGCUGGAGAAGAAGAACCUGGACUACUACACCCUGACGGCGGAGCUGUACCAGGAGACCGCCACCAAGGCUGAGGCCCACGUGAAGCCCCGGAGCAUCUCCCCUAUCUGCAGUGGCCUCCAGGCCCAGGUCCUGAGCUGUUACCGCAGCAACCCGAACCAGACGCUACACUGCUCCAGCCUGGCGAAAGAGUACCUGCAGUGCAUCAACGCUGCCAAGAAGAACCUGCUGGUGAAUCGCGGCUGAAGAGGAGCGGCGUUGGGGGAGCGUCCCCUCCCCCCGGAGCGUCCGAACCCGAGCGACACCCGUCACUUCUCAUCAGCCUGCUCAUCUGUGUUUGGGGCCUUCUCUUCCCUCCUCUCUUAUUUCACUGUAUUAACUUGAUUUAUUUUGAAAUUGCACUACUCCAUCCGUCAGGGCAAAAUAAAUCCCUCCAAUCUCCAAGAACAAAAAAAAACAAAAAAACAAGCAGAGAUUGAAGACGGGGUCUUUGUUGUUGUGAGGCUUGAAUUUUAAUGCUGAACCCAGGAGCACCUGAACAACAUUGCGGUUGUGGAUUGUAUUUUAUUCAUAACUUCAUUAAAUGGCGUCGUUCCGACCACGA